UACACCGUCACACAUGUGACUCCUUUCUUUAAUAUCCCUCUCGCACGAUCUUUUUAUUUUUUCCCUCUUCUUACAGAAAAAUAAAAAAAUGUUUAUUAGAAAUCUCUGAAGCAAAGAGCAUUAAUUGAAUUUUAAUUUUUCCAGCUUAAAUUUUGAAACGGUGAAAAUUUUACAGAGAGAGAGAGAGAGAAUCUUGAAACUAUCAAACAUUUAUUUGAAUUAAUUCUUAUCCUUUUUAGCUCAGCUGAAAUUUUCAUUCUUCUUCUUCGCUUCACAUUUUUUAUUUUAUUUUUUUCAAUUCUUCGCAUAUUUUUAGGAGUGAGUUUGUUGUUCGUCUCUCUCUGAUCGUUGUGUGAGAGAGAGAGAGACUCUGUUUAGUUUUCCCGGAAAAUUUUAACCUCGCAUUGGGGAAAUUCUCGCUUUAUACCGACGAAAAAUGCCAAGCAUUAGAGCUCCAGCUGCGAAGAAGACAACUACACUCACGGUCGCUGUGAAAUGUAGACCGUUAAUGGAGAAAGAACGUGGUAGAGACAUUGUUCGUGUGAAUAACUCUAAGGAAGUGAUUGUGUUAGACCCUGACUUAUCGAAAGAUUACCUUGAUCGGAUUCAGAAUCGGACUAAAGAGAAGAAGUAUUGUUUUGAUCAUGCGUUUGGCCCUGAGAGCACGAACAAGAAUGUCUAUACGAGUAUGUCUUCUGUGAUCUCUGGUGUUGUCCAUGGACUCAAUGCUACAGUGUUUGCUUAUGGUUCAACUGGAAGUGGCAAAACAUAUACAAUGGUUGGAACUCGAAGUGAUCCUGGAUUGAUGGUUCUCAGCUUGAAUACCAUUUUUGAUAUGAUCAAGAGUGACAAGAGCUCAGAUGAUUUUGAAGUGACUUGCUCAUAUCUUGAAGUCUACAAUGAAGUUAUAUACGAUCUGCUUGAGAAGUCAUCUGGUCAUUUGGAGCUCAGAGAGGAUCCAGAGCAGGGGAUAGUAGUAGCUGGCCUGCGAUCAAUCAAGGUCUUUUCUGCAGACCGAAUCCUUGAACUGCUGAACUUAGGGAACAGUAGACGGAAAACUGAGAGCACGGAGAUGAAUGGAACGUCAUCAAGAUCCCACGCAGUUCUGGAGAUUGCAGUAAAAAGAAGGCAAAAGAAUCAAAAUCAAGUCAUGAGAGGGAAACUCGCCCUUGUAGAUCUUGCUGGCAGUGAAAGAGCUGCUGAGACGAACAAUGGAGGUCAAAAACUGAGGGAUGGAGCUAAUAUUAAUCGCUCACUCCUUGCACUAGCAAAUUGCAUAAACGCUUUGGGGAAGCAACACAAAAAGGGCCUUGCUUAUGUCCCAUACAGAAACAGCAAACUUACACGGAUUCUUAAAGAUGGUCUGAGUGGGAACUCCCAGACAGUGAUGGUUGCAACCAUAUCACCUGCUGAUAGUCAGUAUCAUCAUACUGUGAACACAUUGAAAUAUGCUGACCGAGCAAAGGAGAUUAAAACACACAUUCAGAAAAAUAUUGGUACCAUCGACACUCAUAUGUCAGACUACCAACGAAUGAUCGAUAAUCUUCAAAAAGAGGUUUCUCAGCUGAAAACACAACUAGCAGAAAAAGAGUCCCAGCUAAGCAUCAAACCUUUUGAAAGAGGUGUCGAACGUGAACUUUCGUGGUUGGAUGGUUUAAGCCACCAGAUAAGUGAAAAUGUUCAGGACCGUAUAAACUUACAGAAGGCUUUAUUUGAGCUUGAGGAAACUAACCUGAGAAAUCGCACUGAACUUCAGCAUCUUGAUGAUGCUAUUGCGAAACAGGCGACAGAAAAAGAUGUAGUCGAAGCUCUAAGUAGCAGACGACAAGUAAUACUUGAUAAUAUCCGCGACAAUGAUGAAGCCGGUGUUAACUACCAGAGAGAAAUUGAAGAAAAUGAAAGACAUCGCUGUAAACUACAGGAUAUGCUCAAUGAAGCAAUAAAUAACAACGGAAACAAAACUUAUCUGCAUAUUCUCAAUCAGUAUAAGCUCCUGGGGAUGGGUAAUACCGAACUACAGUUUGAAAUGGCAAUGAGAGACCAAAUCAUUUACAACCAAAGGGAAGCCCAAAGAAACCUAUGGAAUUUGCUAAUGGGUUUAGGAGUUGAAGAGAAACAAGUGUUUGACCUCGCUGCAAAACAAGGAAUCACAAUUGAAGACUGGAGUAGUAUGGCGUCGUUUCCAGGACUUCCUUAUCGGAAUCAAACACCGAGUUUCAUACCUGCAAACAUCCCUUUCAUGGGCCACUCAUAUUCUAAAUCCUCCUGUACUUUCCAGAGUUAUCAAGACCCUUCUUCGAAAGGUCAACAAUGGGCUCCAACUCCUACUUUAUGCAGAGAGGAACACCACAGCUCUUACUACUUCAUGGGACAGGAGCCACCUGCAUUUGUCAAUGUCAGGAAAAGCCACGAUGGUUGGGUUGGUGGCAGCAGACCAGCUUCACGAAUCGACACAGGAGGCAAUCAUCGCCGAGUCUCUUAUCCACAAACUGUGAACAAUUCUUCUCCUCGGAUGGUCUCUUCCCAUAUAGGUCCCAACUUUUACCAGGCUCCUCAAAGGGAAAUGUUGGCUAACACAACAAGUCCUUAUGGGAGCCCGCGAGCUGGACUCAUAAACGUGGCCACCACCCCAACUGUGCAACCUUUCUAUGGAAGUCCCCGUGCUGUCACUGUGAGAAACGGUUCAUACAACAACAGUCCACGCGCCCCCAAUGCAGUUUCAUCCAAUGGUGCAAGAAACCAGCAGCAACGAUCGUAUGGAACGAGCCCGCUCUCAGGAACCAAAGGCGUCAAAACCUCUUCGUACGGACAGGACAGCUACACAAAGUUGUACAGAGGAGGAGGAGGCACCAAAGGUCACAGUAAAGGAAACAAAACUCAACGCCAACAACAAUGACAUCUCUAAAACCAACACACACUUGAGUUCGAUAAGGAGUCAGUUUCGAGGCUCAGUUUUUUAAACGCCUCACGCUCUCAGUCACAUGACUCUUUUUUGUUUGUUUUGUUUGUACAGCAAAUUCCACGGUAUUGAUUUCUUCCUGAUACGAUUGAUGUGUGUAUAUAUAUGGCGAAAAGGUUAUAAAGAAGAGAGAAAAAAAACAAUUUGUCCAUUUUGACCCCAAAAAAAGGCUCACCGAACCAUUGUUCUAUCGACAACGAAUAACUUAAUUAAUAGCAGAGGGACAAAGAGUUUAACCAAACGACGUCACUUUGCCAAAAUCUUUAAAUUGGGUCGAGUCAAAAUCUAAAAAACCCCUAAUCGACCUCCUCUUCUCCGCCAUCUGCACCGCCGGAAUCGACCUUCUCCGGCGUCACUUCGGCUUCCUCCGAGCUUCGCCGGCGUCGUCUACCAAAAUUCCGUCCGUCUCUCGUUUUCUCUCCUGGAGAAUCGAACUCUGAAUGAAAGACAAAGAAAUGGAUACAAGAAGCGAACAGAAGAAGAAAAUUUACGAAAUUUUCAAAGACUUUAUGACGGG